GGAACAGAUCGCGGCCAGAUGGGUGUCAGCAACAAGCCCGAGCAGAGGCUGCUGCUGUCUUACUGCUCCUUCACCUGCAUCUACCUGCCCGGGAUCCUAACCUGGACGCUGGUGAAGUUCAACGACAAUCUGUCCGCCAACGUCGGCACGUACAAAUUCCUACCCGUGCUGAUGAUACUGACGUUUGCCGAGGUGAUAAAGCUGCUGUUUCCCAUGCUGCAAGCGGAGGCGCCCACCAUAAUCAAGAUCGAGCAGCGCGCCCCGCCAAAGGCGAGCAAGAGAUCCUGGGCGAAGAGCCUGCGGGAGGUCUUCAAGUUCACGCUCACCGCCCUCGCGCUGUCGACGGCCUACUACGUGACGAUCGUGCUGUUCGGCGCGCCCGUGCUGACCGACCACGAGGAGACGACGAUGCUGGUCGUCACCCUGAUCACGUUGACCUUCGUGUCCACCAGUCUGCACCUGGGCGUGGACAGCGCGUUGGACGUCCUCACGGGGACUUACUCCCCCCAGAGGGGCAACAUCCUCGCGGAUGCCCUGAAGCUCAACAUACAGGCGACGAUACUGGGCACUUGGCUGGGCGCCACUGUCAUCCCUCUGGACUGGGACCGUCCCUGGCAGGCCUGGCCGAUUCCCUGUGUCAUAGGCGCCCUGCUUGGCUACCUGAUCGCCCACUUCGUCACUCUCAUCAAGACGCUUCCCGCGCCGAAACUGCACAGGAAGGUCCAUCGAUGAGUAAUGGACACUUGUGUGCGGUGAAAAGAAAAAAACAUUCCAGUUUCUCGAAUAAUAUUUUAUCGAAUAGACGGUACGCUGAUUGUCUCAUCCUGCAUUUUGAUGUAUACUGUGUAUACUAGAGGCCACAUAGACAUAGAGAUUUAAUUGAGCAUGCAUUAAUUAAUAUACAUCUACCCAUCUCCUUCGUGUAAAUUUAAUUACAUUAUUUGUGAUGUGUAGAUUGUGAUAUACAUACUUAUGAGUUGAGAUAGCAAUAAUCCUGUCUUUUAUACAUAAAAUCAUGUCUUUUAUAUAUAUAAUUUAUAUAUAGUAAUAAUAUUUAUAAUCUCUACCAAAUUAAUUUGGUUGAUUUAUUUUCCAGCUCAUUCAUAUUCUACUAGGUUGAUAUCAUAAGUAGCUUGUGUUGGCAUCUCAUUUUUCGCGUGUGUAUCCUUUUCUUUCACGUUCUUUGUAAUUAUCCGACUUGUGAAAAAAAAUUCAAUCUUAUACGUAUGCAAUAAAAUUAUCACUAUUAUUAAAAUUUUGAAGCAAAUAAUUCUGCUGGAUGAAUUCAUUGCUGAUUAAGUUAAUCCGAGAUUAUCUUUAUCGAAGUCAUCCUUAAUAUUGAAAUUCGAGUCAUAUAUAAAUUUCGCAAGUAAUGGUAACUAAGAAAAAGCAAAUCGAUACACGUUAUCAGACAUAUUGAUAAUGCACUUACAUAACGCUACUUUUAUUACGUCAGAGUAGGCCUUUCAUCCUUUAUAUCAGUUACGAAAAUAAGAAUAAAACGCGCAAAUGGAAAUGCUAUAUUUUAUGCAAAAAAGCUACUUUUAAGUGAUUGAAUUUGCGUCAAAAUUCGGGACAAUAUUUUAUUCAUAUUUUUAUAUACUCUACAAGAAACUGAAGAAUGGAA